AAAUCAUUUACUGUAAUUUAAAAACAAAAAUAGUAAUGAUUCGUAAAACAGAACGUCAAGUCACUUAAUAAACAAAGAAAAUGUACUCAAUCUUUAUUUAUUAGGUUCACACAUCAGAAAAAGGUUUUUAUGCAAAAAGAUAUUUAUAUAAUAAUGCCCACAAAUUGUUAGUUUACCAUAUUUAUACAAGUUUUCCAGGACAUAACGUUUUCUGAAUUUAUUGCGUCUAUAAAUUUGUUUCGCAUCUCAUAGUCUCUUGUAUAUGCACUUACGUUCCUUUCCUAUUAACGAUUAUUGAAAAAUGGGUCAGCAUUUAUUUAACUAUUUAAUCCGAUGUGUUGAUCAAAAAGGCUAUUCAGGUUUGAAACACGUUAUGGAACAUAUUAAAUAUGAAAGUAAAUAUUGGACGACGUAUCGGACGGUUUUCCUGCCAUAAAUAAAAAAAAGGUUUGUACUUCUUUUAGACAGGUACGGAACGUUAUUUCAUGAUGUAACGUACAUGACUUAAGUCGUUCCUGGAACGCAACUAAUGAUUUUCGUCUGCUGCCGGAAACAUUAUCACUACUUUUAAUAACAUUGUAAAUUUCUGUGACACUAAUUGCUUAUCUUUGAUUAUGUAUUGUAUUGAUUUUUAAUUAAUUGAAUAUCACAAUUUAAUUGAGUAUUACGUAAAAGCUUUUGUGCUAGAAUAUCUUGUUAGGAUUUUUGUUGAGAUAAAGCGUGGCGGCAAAGAAAAUAGUCGUUAAAAUACCUUUAUAUUAAUAAGGCACCUUUGAUAAUGAUUAAUAUUAACAACAAUUUGACCGAAAAUUUAAAUUUCAUCAAGUUUUCAUGGGCUUAAAAUAAUUGCAAUUAUAUGUUAUCUGACUUCUAAUUUGACUUUACCGCGCAAGUACAUAGCCAUGGACAUGCUAGCUGUCUCUUUUACUCCAGUCUCUCUACGCGAACGCUAGUCGUGUGCGGCAAAACGUUUCGUCACUGGAUAUGAGUACCUACCCAGUUCUCUAGUGUUUUUUGGCCUGGUUCCGCCAUUAUUACUAAAAAAAAUCUUCAUUGUCAUUAUUUUGAUGUUAUGCAUUUAGUGAAACACGAGUUCAUCGCAGAUAUCCACAUUGCGUUACAAAACUAGUGUGCGCCGAAAGUGUUUUGAAGCGCGGCGAAUCGCUGCUGCCCCGCCGUUCUUUUCGGCUUGCCAUGGAACCGGCAGGAGACUGAUGUGCGAAGAAUGGUGGCUAUGAAUUGUGGUUCUGUGAAAUUAAGUGGAGUGCCAGUGUUGUGAACUUCAUAUUAGUGUUACAUAAGGUCAGAAUGAACUGUGGGAGAAGCCCGCCCUGACGCGGCGAGCGCCAGCGUCCGCGGCGGGCGAAGUGCGGGUCAUGGCCCCGGCAUUGUCUAUAGCACCAAGAGAGUCGCUCAUCCACGACUCUAACGCGCUCGAAGACGCGGACAAGCCCCUGACCUACCGAAGACGGGCGCUUGCGUCUGUCGAUAACCUUGCACCACACAUGGAGGAAGACGAUAUGGGCCUGCAGAACCAGCCUAGCCUUGCUAAGGAUUCCCAGGAGAUGGAGCAGAUUCUAGAAGACUUGGGCAACAGUGAUCUAGUUCAAGGUGAUUUGCUCCAAGCUAUCAAAACACUAGAAACUGGUGGUGAUGUUCUAUCAACUGGGGAUGCUCUGUCCACUGGUGAAACUGAUGCCAUUUUUCCACUUUCUGGAUUUGACUUAACAGAACCUGCUGAUUCAGAAGGUGAUGUUGUUGAAGAUAAAAUAAAGUCUGUUCAAGUGCGCUUAGAAAAGCGAUGUUUAUUCUUACAUAGGAGGUUAAGGAUACUGCAGGCUCGUGCCAUUGGAAAAAGGGUAUCUGAGGAAGCCACUCAAGUAUUUGACAAAUGUACACGGGCUGCCCGUAAGGAUGGUGGAGGUAGACCAGUUGGCUUAAAAACAUUUUUAAAGACUGUGGAAACAACUGCCACUCUACAGGCUAGUGCAGCAUCUAAAACAGUGGUGGGUCCUAAGUACUAUAACCCUGGUACUUCUAAAGGCGAUGCAUCAAGAUCAGCAAGCAUUGGCAUACCUUCUGGAACUCUGGCAGGCUUGGAGGACACAGCAGGUGCGCUGCGCUCACACCUGUCAGUGGUGAAACAUGAGCUGGACUCUGAUGCCACAGCCUCAUCUUCAGGAGCCGAGAGCAAUGAUGAGGCUGUCCCAUACAACAACACACAACAACUGCAGAUGCCAAUUGAAAAGCGUGCUCUCUGGACGUGGCAGAGAGCGCGCGCGUCCAUCGCAUCUCGUUGGUGUUGGUUGCAGGCUCAAGUGCAAGAGUUGGAGUAUAAGAUCAGGCAGCACAGUGAGCUACACCAACAGGUCCGCGAAGCAAAAGGUCCCGUAGAAUUUGAAGGUGAACCUGUUGGCUACGUGGGUUCCUUGCCGGGCUCGGAGCCGUCCAGCGAUGAUCCGGCGACGGAGACGUGCGCGCGAGUGCGGCCUCUGCGUCGGGAAACCUUCAAGAAGAGGAAGUUACUGCAAAUGCAUAAUCUACACAUCGCCACGCAAAAGGCAGCUAGACCGUCAGAUAUUAGAUGCAGCUGCCAGCAGGGCGUGGAGAGCUGCGCCGUGUGCACGGGUCGCGCGGAGCCCACGCAGCCCGCGCCGCCCUUCAGCACGCAGUCGCGGGCGCAGCGCCGCGCCGCGCGCGACCCCGCCUACCACCCCGUGCUCAGCGACCUGCGAGACGUGGCGCCCGCGCUGCACGUGGCGGCGCUGGCGGCGCGCGCCCCGCCGGGCCCGCAGCCGGCGCGCGCGCCCCCGCUGCCGCGCGUCGCGCCCCAAGCCCCGCGCCCGCACCACUCCACCAAGCCCGCCAAGCGACAUCCACCUACACGGCUGAAAAGAGGUCGCCCGCCUCUAACGAGAAAAAUAAGAGAUAGAGAAAGAGACGAAGAGACUUCUACUUCUGGGCAUGAACGGUCGCGCGGCCGCUCGAGCACGGAGUCUCGCUCGUGGCGGCGGCAGUCCUACGACAUUGACAACAUCGUGAUCCCGCAGAGCGUGGCCGCCAACACACGCCCGCAGAUACUCACCUACAAAGAGAUCAUCACACCAAAGUGGCGAGUUCUUGAAGUCCCAGAAACGUCACUCAAUAAUGGUGUAAUGAAAGCAAAUCGUGUUUCUAUCGAGAGUGAGGACGAGGACGUAUCGGAGGCGGCGGUGCGGUCCCGCCACGCGCGCGCCGAGGCCCGCGAGAGGGACAAGUUCGUGCGCAAGCAGCGCGCGCGCAGGCCCUGCCCCGCGCCCGGCCCCGGCCCCGCGCCCGGCCCCGGCCUCGGCCCCGGCCCCGGCCCCGGCCCCGCGCCAGACCCGUCGCCGGAACUGCAGCGGGACCCAGAGCCACGGCCAGAGCCCGAGCCGCAGCCCGAGCCGUCUGAACACGAGCCGCCGCUAUACGAGACAGUGAGACCGUACACGCCGCGGCAGUUCCCGCUGGCGGAGGCCACGUACGCGGCCAUGCUGGCGGCGCGCGCGAGCCCGGCGGCGCGGCGCGAGUCGGCCGCGUCCCCCGCCAGCUCCCACAGCGACGCGCUGAGCGAGCUGCCCAGCUCGCUGUCGCCCGCCUCGCCCGCGCCCUUCGACAACGACGACCCCGACGACAAGGAGUGGGACCCCACCGCCGAGCGCAGCGAGCGCCGCAAGACCUCCUUCAGGUGAGCGCGCCCGCCUCCCCCCGCGCCGAGCGGCUGCUGUAUCUGUGUCACGGCUGCUCUGACGGAUAUCCGAGCAAAGCUUUAACGGGCUCGUCGCCUACGUAAUAAAUAAAUGUAGUUUUAAUUAUCUGUCUCAUUUGGUAUAGGCUAUUAUGUGUUUGUCUUCGAUUUAUUUUAAGUUGAGCGCGAAAUUUUUGUGUUCAUACUUUUAUAGCCUGUGAGAAAGCAUUUCAAAUAUUUAUACAUCAACAAUAAUAGCGACAAUCUCCCCUUAACGCAAUAUUGAGUCGUGAGUUACAAAACACUGGAAUUAAUUGAACUUGAUAUCAGAUUGAAUAGUGUCCAUAUAUGGUAGUGACCAAGUAUAAUGCUCAUACACAGUGUAAUGACUUAUCUAAGUGUGUAUGUAUAAAAAAUAAGUGAUUAAAAUUUUAGUUUUUGAUUAAUGUAAGGUCUAUAUUUUAAAGAAGACAAUCAAUGUUUAAAAAGUAAUUUAAAUAUGAGACUUGAAAUUCUACUUUGUUAAACUUAAGCUGCAAUUUUUGACAUGAUCUUAAAGGUAUGAUUAGCCCACUAGAUACAAUAUUCAUGUAAAAAUGUAUAGAAAUACAAUUAAAUGUUUUGAUUUAAGAUGCAUACUACAAAUGUUACGUGCUGUAGUGAGAGCACCCAUUGUACAAUAACAAUAUGCAAACUGCACUAGCUUGCAACUGUGUUUAUCGUGAUAGGGUAAUGAAAAGAAACUAGAAAUCUGUUUAAUGUUGAGUUGUUUUCGUAACCACAAUUCUUUUCUAUUAUAUAUUUUAAUGAUAUUGUAAAAAGACGUAGUGUAUUAAUAUUUCUUGAUGAAGUUUUCUUUUACAAAAUGUCACCUUUACAUUCCCUUCAGUUCAAACAAUUUGUGGUUAAAUGUAAUUUAACGUAAAGUGUUGCAUAAAAUGGUGUAAUGAAACUUGUAAUGAGAAGGGUUGCUAUGAGUUAACAUAAUAGCUAAAUUUAGCUGUCAGCUUAGAUUACUUGUUUAUAUAUAUCCUAUGCCCAAUUGCCGCAAAGCGCUUGUAAAUAUUAACUUUAAAAAUGAUAGGGCACUGAUUAGAAACUAAUAGACUGGACUAUAAAAAUAAUUAUUUGAAUCUCUCUAAGAGCUUGAAAUUCGUGUUCCAUUAUUAAACCCUAUGUUUUGCAUCAAUAAGGCAUAUUUUUGUUUGACUUGCCAUUGGUUUUGUAGUCAGCAUAUUAUAUUUGUAAAGUAAGAGAAUCAAAUAAUACAUUCAAGUUACUCUACACUUUGCAUUAGAAAUAACGUGUUCCUUGUGGCUUCAAAUUGACUGAAUAUUGGUUUAUGUAAUUAUAUUAUAUUCAUACUUGUGUACCAACUGAAGUGGAAGCCCUACAAUUUGAUUGAUAUAGAAUGAAAAUAAUAAUAUGUUCCAUUGUAAUUUAUCUUGGUGUAUCAGUAUGCACAUAAACCUGUGUAUAAAGACUGUAUGAGUGAAUAUUUAUGUACAUGAAGGUGAAUGUAACAUUUUUUAUGAAGUCUCUUCAAUGUUCUUGAGAAGCCAAAGUCUUCUUGUAAUUAAUUAUAGGAUUUAAGUUUUUUUUAAGGUGACUCUAUUCCAAAGUGUGAAUUGAGAAAUAUAGAAUUAAACAGUA